AUGAUGGAAAGUCUGUUCGGCAAGAAGAAAUCUCGCCCACGCCAGCCCUCUGUAUCUACCGGAGGCGAGUUGCGUUCCAUGCCAUACGACAGAGUUCCCCCAGGCUCUCCGUUGCCCAUUGGGUCGUCUUCACAAGGCUUUCGCUCCGCCGUCCUCGCCAACGCCAUCUCUGCACCUAUCACAAACCCCACGCUCACCACUAAUGGCACCGAUCUCAACCUCAAUACCAUACAACGCGUCAAGGCAGAGCGGGAUCUUGUCUACGCUGCCAACAAUGUCUCUAUGAGACCAAACUCCCCUCAAAUGUCCCUAGUGACAGAUGAUUCGUCGACUUUGUACAGCGAUUCCGCUGAGUCCCCUUCGAAGCCCUACACACCAACUGCGCGCCGACUACGCCAAAGUGAAAGCUCUGGCAGACGAAGUCCUUCUUUGGUCGACUUUGGCCAGUAUCCCUCCCCAACUUCUCCUCACCCUCCGCUUCCGCCCCAAUCCGCAUCCUCCAGUACGAUGCGCCCGUCCUCUACUUUCACAACGCGCUCCGACGGCAAUCGUACUUCACGUUACGCCCCCUCUGUAGCUCCAUCCGAGAGCCAUUCAGCCCAUUCACACUUCCCACACUUUCAUCGUCACGGGCCUCAAGAUGACUUUUAUUUUCCCCGCCCCGAGAGCGAUGCCGAGAUCGAGGCGCUCUUCGAGAACAUCAUGCGCACGCGCGAGAUAGGAUCCCUUCCGUCUUUGUCGAUAGACCAGAAAUGGCAUAUGGUGGAAAGCGACGAGCGUAUACGUUGGAAGGAGGAGAAAAUGAAGGAGGAGCAGUCGAAGAAGCAGCAGGAAAUGGGCAAAUCAGCACCCAUAGAUGAGGGAACGCCGGAAUGGUAUCUGAGGAAGUUUUUGGACAAAACCAUCACAGCCAAGCAAGCUUCUAGCCUGCUUGUUUCCUUGCGCAGUAAGGAAGUGGGUUGGUUUCGUCAAUUUAUCUCAAUACAGGGAACGCCGGUAUUGGCGCAAGCACUUGCACAUAUCAGUCGUAAAGGCCCUCAAAGACGAGACUCCGAUGCGGCGCUUGAGAUUGAAGUCGUCCGUUGUUUGAAGCAAAUUUUGAACCAUCCGGCUGCAACAAAUGAAGCAUUAACACAUAAUCAACUCGUCACUCAAGUGGCUUCCUCGUUAAAUUCGCCUCGGAUAGGUACCCGAAAACUCGUCCUCGAUCUCUUGACUUUCUUAGUGUACUGGAACACCGAGGCCAUCAACCUUGCUAUAUCUGGUCUCGAGGCCCUGAGUGUCGCGAAUAAUGAAGGAGACUCGCCUUAUGCCUUCUGGUUCAAAAGUAUGGAGGUUUCGCUGAUGGGUCGAGGUAAGAUGGGCAGUCUGGUCGGUGCGAGUGAGGAUAUGAGAAAAAACGCCGGCGGGUUGGAAGGAUCUCUAAAUGAAUACGCGUUAUCCAAUUUUCUCCUCAUCAAUGGUAUCAUGGACGGCAUAGACGACCUUGACUUGCGCCUCCAUCACCGUGCCCAAAUGGAAGCUGCCGGCCUGCAGCGGAUUCUUGAACUUUGUCGAAGCUUUGGCCUGGAUCAGCUAGAUAAGCAAUUAGAUAUCCUUCAAGACACAAUCGAUUAUGACGAACAACAACUUCGGGAACGUCUGGAUCAGGAGGUUCUGCGAGAUAUGAGGAGCUUGGAGGAUGUGUACGGCGCUCUCAAAGCUAGGACGGAAGAUUCGAAGGCUCACGACUACUUCCUAUCUAUGAUGCAGCACUUACUCCUCAUUCGGGAAGAGGGGCCAGGACUUGUUCACUACUAUCAGCUACUCGAUUCACUGGUCACGGAUGUGGUCAUGGAUAAGAAACUUGCCAAUGGAGAGAAUCGAUUGGGCCAGUCGGUCGAGCGCAUCAUUGCUCAGUUUAACGACGCAGAUCAGUACCAGACUCUGGAAGCAGAAUCCGCCAAAGUCCGUGCAGAAGCGCGCCGGCUUCAGCUGGAGAAAGAGUCAUUGGAGCUUGAACUUUCACAGGGUAGUGAGGGGCUCGUUGGACAGUUGAAGGAGAGGGUUGCGCAUCUGGAGGAGAAACUCCAAAUAUCACGAGAGAACACCACCCGCCUUCAGGGCCAACUCGAAACGCAGAAGACUGGGUACGAGGAACAGAUCGCCCAGCUCGAGGCUCAAAUCAUGGAGCUUUUCCGAAUGCUCCGUGAAGUCGGUAGAGGUGUAGACGAGAUCCUUGAUGACGUCGACAGCAAGAUGGACCGCAAGGCACUCAUGGAGACGCUCGAGCGGCAUCUGCAGCGGAAUAAAACUAUCGAUAUACUCGAAGGUCGAGACGGUGACCGCCCACAGCGCAAGAAACGGAAGGAUGGGUUUGACGAGAGUGAGUCUGAGGACAGCGAGGCGACACCUGGAAGGUCGAGCCUUGCGCGACGUCCACACUCAAGGAAGAACAGUAAGCCGUCAAAACCAAUGCGUAUGUCCGAAGCGGCGAAUGGUAGGACCUCUCAAUUCAUGGAUGCCGAUGAGGCAGACGUGCAGGAGCAGAUUCAACAGCAGCUGGCUGCGGGCGUAAAGAUUUAUGCACCUCGGGAUGGACCUGUCUUCAGCCCAAGAUCUAUCAAUCGCUCGCCACGGCGGAAAGACUCUCGUCGUCUUGCCGAAGACAGUCCGCUAAUGCAGCGGUCGCACAAAUCGCACAACCUACUUGCUGCACCCCUGGAAGAUCUAGCAGAAGCUAGCGACGGUGGUUCUACCCGUCCUUCGUCGACACGCGCAGAUGACCAGGAUGCAGAGAGCGAAUAUAACCGUUCGACACAGAGCGGAUUCACCAAUUUGACCGAAGACACCCAGCCGACAUCGGUAACAUCAUCCAUAGUUGAUAGCGCCCGUCCAUCAGGGGGCUCGUUUGCAGAACAGCUUAAUAAACAUUUCGCAGCUAGAGCCAAGGGUGGUCGCCCGCCAUCCGCUUCCAGCAGCCCUCAACAUUCGCCAACGUUACCACCUUUGCCUGAAGAAUCUGAUUCUGGCUCUGCCCCCCCGCCGCCGCCGCCGCCACCACCACCACCGCCGCCGCCGCCGUUCGGCAUUGACGGGAUUAUGUCCCCUCCUCCUCCUCCUCCUCCUCCUCCUCCUCCUCCUCCUCCCCCACCACCACCACCACCACCACCACCACCUGGGAGCCUCGGCCUCAUUCCCACAUCAGGCGUACCACCACCACCACCACCACCCCCACCCCCACCUCCUACCAAGGGAUGGGCCACGCCAACAUCUGGACCCAACUCUGCACGUGCGUCUAUGUUACUGGGUGCGAAUCUGAACUUGUUACUUUCUGCGCGGAAGGGCAUGCCCGUGACGCCCAGCACAAAGAUGAAGCAACUGCAGUGGGAUAAGCUGCCACAGCAGCAGGUGUCUAAGACCCUAUGGAGCAACGAGGAGCCGUCAAAAGAGCAAGAAAUGCUGGCGAAGCUGUCGACCGACGGAAUUUGGCUGGAGAUGGAGGAGGACUUCAAGGCUAAACAGCUCGUCAUGAACCUCUUGGCCCGACAACGACGCGCGGAUCUGAAGAGCGUGCUCGAUCCGCAGACCAAGAAACGUGUCGAGAUUCUCAUCCAGCGAGUCAAGAAGCUUGCGCCAGAGGAGGUCGCUCAGAAGAUCAAAGAGUUCGAUCAGGACGUCUGCACACAAGUCUUCCUCAGUGAACUCAAGCGCGUCGUGCCCACACCAGAGCAGGUUGGCAAGCUCAACGUCUACCGCAAUGCCGAUGCCGAGGAGCUCGCUGGCCUACACUCUGCCGAUCGUCUCAUGGUCAAACUCAUACAGAUUGAUCGCUUGGGUCCACGAAUUGAGGGGAUGCUGUACAAGAUUUCAUUUGAGGAACAGUGGGCUCUCUUGGACGAUGGUGCUCGUAAACUCUCCCAAGCUGGCAAGGCGCUGCUCAGUGCAACUCAUUUCAAGGAAUUACUCAAUCUCAUCCUCAUGAUCGGUAAUUUCAUGAAUGGCACCGGAAUAAAGGGCGGUGCAUUUGGCUUCCGGGUCAGCAGUAUCAAUAAACUGGUGGACACGAAAUCCAUGAACAACACAACCCUCUUGCACUUCCUUGAAAGAACAGUCGCAAAGCACUUCCCAGAAAUAGAGCAGUUUGUGGAAGAGCUGGCCAAACCUGCUGAAGCUUACCGAGGCAAGUUCUCUUUCAACCUGAUCGACGUCCGAAAAGGCCUAUCUGAGCUGAGAGAGGGAAUCAAGACGAUCCGGAGCGAACUCCACGACCACUUCUCUGAGGUCGAGCAGAACGACCGUUACUCAAAACAGAUGUGGAAUUUUCUCGGCAAGGCCACACGGCAACUGGAGGAUUUGGUGGAUGAUGUGAACAAUGCCGAGACGACGUUCACCGAAGUGGUGAGAUACUUUGGCGAGGAAGACAAAAGUCUCUCAUCAUCGGAGUUUUAUGGCAUCUUCAAGACAUUCAUCACUUCGUAUCGGAAAUGUCAACUUGACAAUCGCACCGUUGCAGAGGAGAAGCAAGCGGUGGAAAAGCGGAAGCAAGCGCAGGAGGAGAUGAAAGUCAACCGUGCAAAAGCGCGCGAAGCGGCAAGCGCACAGGAUCUUGAGGAUACGGCGGCGCUCGACAACCUGCUAGAGAAGCUGCGCAACGGUGACAGUGUCGGUCGUCGGAUGCGCCGUGGCCGAACAGGUGCGGCAGUGCGGCCAUCGGAGUCGCUGACGGUCUCGACGGAGGGAUCAAUCAGCGGAGGGAGGACAGACACGGCGGAUAUUGCGCGGGAUAUGCUGGCGCAGCUGAAGUCGGGCGGAUUCGAGACAUUCGUACCGACGUCGCCAACGAUCAGCGCUACACAGGCGCCAACGACCCGACGGCGGAGAUUACAGCUGGCGGCGGAAUUGGAGGCCGUUGGGGAGACUGUGGAGGAGGAACUCAUUCUGUCGCCGGCUGGCUCGGCGGUGGAGGUUACGGACACGGCUGGGUAG